UGUCCAUUUAUAAUGUCCAGACACAGUGCAGAGGUUAUUCAGAGGUGCCAGCAAACGCAAGGUGACAGGCUCAGAGGAACAAAGGUGUUUCUGCCUUGAAACUCUCUCAGAUGAUCCUUGUGUUCACAAGUCACAAUGGUGAAAAGCAGGAAGAUGCCUGUGGGCCAUCAUGAGCAUUGUGACAAGUGUUACAAUGUCCACUGUCAAGUCCCAGUGCAGAUUUCUGUCUCAUGCAUGGUAAUCAAGUGCCGUAAAAACUGUGGCGCCAUCCUCCAUAUGUGCAAGCAAGAGGAACACCAGCUCCUCUGUCCAAAUGAGACGGUCCCCUGCCUCAAUGUCAUCUAUGGCUGUCCUCUCUCCAUGCUGCGGCACAGGCUGGCCAAACACCUGGAGGUCUGUCCUGCCAGCGUGGUCUGCUGCUCUCAGGAGUGGAACCGCUGGCCUGUUUCAGAAACUGAUUUGACCUUCUGCAAAAAUGUUUCAGAAAACCCUCAGACUGAGGUAAACCUCGAUGUUGCUAUGGCUCUCAGAGACCAAGAGCUGCUGUUUCAGUCUAUCAAAAUGAAGAGCAUUUUUCCUGAGUUGAUGGUGUCAGCUCCUGAGCUUCAGGAAAUUUCUGCUGGGGUCAACAGUCUUGCAGAGGAGGCAACAUGUUCUUUAGUUAAUGGUGAAUUUACAGAAACGGGCUGUACAAGAAUGGAGGGAAAAGAACUGAGUCAAGAGGAGAGGGAUGCUUUGGCCAAAAGCAGAAACGUGGAUAGUAUUCAGAACUACAGCUCCUGGGAGAAAAUAUUCAAGAAGGAGAUGGACGGAUGCAAGCAAACUGUCAAAAACCUCAAUAAAGAGGAGGGAAACGGAAAGAAAAAGGAAGAGCAAGGAUCAUCAAACUGUCAGGGGGAGACAAGAGACUCAAACAUGAGCCAAGAGACUGCUGCUGCUACUGAUGCUGCUGCUGCUGCUGCUGCUGCUGCUGCUGCUGCUGCUCCAAGAAUGGAUGGUGCAACUGGCCUUGCACCAUGGCAAGACGGGGUCCUUGAGAGGCUAAGCAGGGAAGUCAACAUUGCUGAAUAUAACAUGUAUCUGGUGCACAACGGGGCAAUGUUGAUUAACUUUGGCCAACUCGCUGCUUGCACCCCGAGAGAUAAGGAUUUUGUUUACGGGAAUCUGGAGCCCAUCGAGGUUAAAAGCGUCCGCACGUUCAACGUUCCGAUAAGCUAUCGAGCAAAGCGCUGUCACCUCAAAGAUCCCUCACGGAAGGCCAAGACGGCACACCAGAGCGUUGACACUUCAGAUUUGAAAGAGUCAAGUGAUGAUCUUCCAAAGUGUGACGAGGUCAGCACCACACUCCUGUGCUCUCUGGAAAAGGAACUAAAGGGGCAUUCCAUCUCAGAGAGCCUGAGCGUAGAUGGUUAUUACGUGGACGUAGGAACGCAAACAUACAACUUUGCCUCUGCACCUUUCAAAACAGAUGCGACACUUGCUGAUGUCAUAGCAGACAGACCUCACAGUCUUUAUGUACACAUCGAAACAGAAUCCGUCACCAGAAGACACAACAAAACAAGUUCAGCCUUCAGCUGCAUGUGUGGCCACUUCUUUCGCCGUGACGAAUACCGCUCUCAUUUCAGGAAUGUGCACUGUGACAUACAGGCCUCUUUAAGCGGCUGGUUCCAACAACGCUGCCCCUUAGCAUACCUCGGCUGCACUUUCACCCAGACAAGAUUUCACCCUGCAGGUCAACAGGCUACAAUCAAAUACUGCCAAAAUGUCAGUGCCUUUGUCCUCCAGCCAGAGGUCCCUUCAGCCCUCCGUGAAGGCCCUAAGAGAAACGGCGUACAUAAUCUGGAUCCCCUGAGUAGCCUGCCUAUGGAAAUCCUUCAGCACAUUGCUGGUUACCUUGACAGUUUUACAUUGUCUCAGUUGUCCCAGGUCUCACACGUGAUGAGAGAGGUGUGUGCCAUAUUGCUGCUGGAGAGAGGGAUGGUCUCCCUCAAGUGGAAGAAAAAGACAUAUUCCCACGGGGGAAGCUCCUGGAGAUGUCGAGAGAAAGUUUGGGAGUUCAGCCCUCUGUUUUCCUCUGUGGACAGAUGGAGCUUCAGCAACAAUCCUUCCAUGUCAGACCACCUGAAAACCUGCUCCUUCUACCAGAGAGAGGUGCACACCGAGCCAGUGGCUUUACCCUGCCGUGGAGAGGUCAGAGACAUAUAUGCAGAGGCAACGCAUAGAAGAUAAAGCUCAUGGUCCCAGAGCUCAGUGGGUGGACCAACAUGGUUCGAAUCACUCAAAUGUGACAUAUGUAUGCACCCACAGAGCUGUGAAGUGGAUAAAGCCUCCGCAUAUACAGCUACUGUACAGAAACAGAAGGAAUACUGCGUGCCAAAGCCCUGAGGACAGAUGCUGUAUGUAAACUGCAAUUUACGAACAUUGUGAUAUGAUUUUCUCAACCUCUAUUUUAUUGUAACGUCUACGCAAAUCAUUUUGUCUGUAAGUAGGUAAUGUGCUUCGAGAUGGAUGUGUUUUUGCAGCGUUUAAUGAGAGAAGAUGAAACUUAAAUAUUCCCCCCCGAGGACACUAAAUUCACAAAUGUGUUUUUGAGAGGUUUAACAUCAAAUCAUCUGCCUUGUGUAGUUUGAUCCAUCCUGUUUCAUAUGCUUGUGGUGAAAAGCAAUAUUUCCAAUUCUGCUGCUGCUGGUGACUGUUUUCACCAGGACAAGACUGACAUCUGCUGGAGAAAAGCCGAAGUACCUCGUCUGUGUGGAACCAUAAAACUAGUUUGGCAUUUGAAUGCUGGACAUAAUAUCACGUCCUCUAUGUCAGAGUUGAUUGAACACAGCAGUGCAUGCUUUGUUUCUAAUUUAGAUUUAGGAAAAUGAAAGGACUGUCAUCUAUGUGUGUCACUGACAUUUCACACUCUAUAAUAAACCUGACUUGCAGUCGGCCUCAUUUAUUUCACAGCAGCACAG